CGCCGAUCAAGUGCACAAUUUCGCUGGGGUCCAUGAUCCUGCCAAGCUGGAAGCUCGGCCGAUGUUUCUGCCACCCGUCCUCCGCCAAUGCCAUGCCCUAUCAACGGGCGUCAAAGCUGCACCUCAGGUCCUCCGCCAGCGGUGGUAUCAGCGAUUAAGGUUAUUUUGCCACCCUGGCUACUGCGCCGUCGUUUCUGCAGCAUCCCUACAGAGCCGGUACGGAACAGAGGGCUCUGUUAGUCCUUGGGCCGUCACCUCCCGGCCACGAGGGCUUCCGCGUGUGUCAACUUGGUAGCCUCCAACCAGCGAUGGAGCUCUCGGCGCAUCCCCUCGGCUCCAGCAGCCAUGUCUUGGACGGCGAGAGCCAUCCGAGCUAGGGGCUCGUCCUCCAUCUCGCCAAGCCGUCCAACUUGCCGUCAUCCCGUCUCCAAGCCCACCUGCCGUGGUAGUGCCAGGGCGGAAGAGCACUGCAUCACGCCUCUGUUUACCACCAUGCACCCUUGACUACCCAUAUAGUCGGAUCCCUGCCGUUUAUCUGGCUACCCAUGCAGUCUGAUACGCAACGGAUGACUCCUUCACUACACAUCCGGAUAUGCUUUGUGUGUUUGAUAAAUCUUGGCAGACGGUUCAUCGCGCAUCCGUCCCAAGACCCCACGUCCAUUAUACCCGCCUGCAUAUCUGUGUCCAUCUGUAUAUAACUCCCCGUGUGUUCGUGUUCCCAUAGCCAUUGUCUUGUUGUCAUCAUCCACACCAAAGCAUCUUCGGUCUUCAAGCCUCUUCCAUUCACUCUACAGUCGUUCCUUCUGAGCUGUGCUCACUGUUCUAUUUUACAUUCCUUCUAUACCCAUUUACCUGAACUUGAGCUGUGCUCCUAAUUCAACCUUUUAAUUCAAAAUGAAGUUCUCUACCAUCUUCGCCGGUGCCCUCGCCGCUGUCGCCUACGCCGCUCCCACCGAGAAGCGCGGACAGCUCGACAUUGGCCAGCUCAACAACCUGCAGCGCUUCAACCAGCUCGACAUCAACUACCUGAACGUCAUCAACUCCCUGGACCUGCAGCUCCUCAACACCCUGGCCGUCCAGAACAACUUCAACGCCCUCGCCUUCCAGGGUCUGUUCCAGCAGAACCAGGUCUUCGACGUCGCCUCCCUCCUGCAGCUCCAGCAGCUCCAGACCCUCCUCCAGCUCGGCCAGCUCGGCGUCUUCAACGCCUUCGACCUCUCCAACCUCAACCUCCAGGCCCUGCAGCUCGGCCUCAUCAACAACGUCGGCAGCUUCAACCUCGGCAGCCUCAUCGACGCCUCCCUGAUCCCCCAGAUCACUGCCAUCUCUGAGCAGACCAUUGUUGUUGCCAAGGAGUAACUUCUCCAUCUCAUGGGAUAAUUACACCGGGCAGCUGGCAGGGUGGGGAGAAGAAGAGGGGACGGGUACCCGGGUGGGACCCGAGCAGAUCAUCUUUGUUCCGUCCACAUGAAGAAACGAUACAUUCAUGGUAAAUAAUAAUACGAUCACUGUCUAGGCUCG